CAGUUUGCUGCAAGGAGAGAUUUACUUGUAAGCAGCAAGACAGUUGUUCCCUUCACGUCCGAUUCUCUAACCAAGUCUAUUGAUCUACCUCGGGUCUACUGUAUCAGCGCUGACAGCCUCUCAGACCCCAACAAUCCUUAAUCAAGCACCAUGCAACUCUCUCUGUAUAUUCUUGCUGCCCUAAGCCUGGGGACUACAACGACUCUGGCGGCUCCGUUCCCAGGGACAGAAGUCAGUGCGCAGAGUGCUUCCACAUAUCAUUGGCACGGUUGUGGCUCAGUCGGCAGUUGCUAUAGCGAUGGCGACUGCCAGGUUGACGAGAACUGCCUGAGCAUGGCUCAAAAUGAGAACCAUCCCACUGCAUGCUGGGCUGAGUGGUUUGAGUGAACCGAAAAUUGGGACCGUUUACGCCAAGGAUCAGAUUGAUGGA